AUGGCAGAGGGCUCCGAGAAGGUGCCGAUCGCCCGAGUGGGCCCCGACGAUGUGGAGCUGUGCCUGCCGCCCGUGAGUGCUGCCGGCUGGCACCGGGCGGGACAGGGUGGCAUCGGGACAAAACCUGUGGGCAUGGGUUGGGAUGGAACGGGAGCCAGCGAGUCGGGACGGGACGGGACGGGUUGGUUUGGGACGGCGUACGCGGCGGCCGCGCCCCCCGCGCCGGGGCGGCUGCUGAAGGCCGGGGCCGCGGUGCUGAUCGCCGGGGCCCUCCUGCUGCUGGCCGGGGCCAUCGGCGCCUUCUACUUCUGGAAAGGCACGGAGCGGCAGGUGUACAACGUUCACUAUACUAUGAGCAUUAAUGGAAAAGUACAAGAUGGAUCAAUGGAAAUAGAUGCUGGAAACAACUUAGAGACAUUCAAAACAGGAAGUGGGAGUGAAGAGGCAGUUGAAGUCCAUGAUUUUCAGAUCGGCAUAACUGGGAUCCGUUUUGCUGAAGGAGAAAAGUGUUACAUCAAAGCCCAGCCAAAAGCUCACAUCCCUGAAGUUGAUGCUAUGGCUAAAGCGAGCCUCUCAUCUGAGCUGGAAGAUGAAAUCAUGCCUGUGAGAUUUGACAAAAACUCCCUUAUCUGGGUGGCUGCAGAUGAGCCUAUCAAGCAUAACAGCUUCCUAAGCCCCAAAAUUCUAGAGCUUUGCAGGGAUCUUCCAAUUUUCUGGCUGCGACCAACAUAUCCCAAAGAUAACCAGAGGAGACAAAUGAAGAGAAACAAGCGCCAGUCAGAACCAAACUUCGAUGAGGAAGACUUGGAAGCUGCUUCUGAAGAAGUAAACCCCAGGUCACGCACCGUGCAGCUGACUCAAGAGCUUGGCCACCAGACUAAUGAAACCAGGCCAAUGGCACAAGAAACUGAUCAAACAUUUAAUCCAGACAACCCAUACAACCAGCUGGAAGGCGAAGGGAUGGCCUUUGACCCCAUGCUGGAUCACCUGGGCGUGUGCUGCAUCGAGUGCCGGCGGAGUUACACGCAGUGCCAGCGGAUCUGCGAGCCCCUCAUGGGCUUCCAGCCGUGGCCCUACAACUACCAGGGCUGCCGCAGCGCCUGCCGCCUCAUCAUGCCCUGCAGCUGGUGGGUCGCGCGCAUCAUGGGCGUCGUGUGAGCAAAUCCCUCCACCAAAACAAAACCAACUCAAUGGAGCCUUGACAAAAUGAGCAGGAAUACAAUGAACUGUAAAAGACUAAAACCAAAGCAGCCGUACCGAUCCUGCCUUACAAAAUCAGAGCCUGUUUUUCUGCACCAAAAGCAAGGUCAGAUAUUCCAGCUGCAAAUUAAAUGCUCAAGUUAAUAUUUCAUUAGCUUUACAAGAGGCAAGGGUACAAUAGCAAUUGCUGAAUUAAAAAACUGAGACUUCCCAAAAAAAGACAACAUUAAACUUUGCUCAAAAUUGGUUUAGCAGUCCAGAAGCUUGCCCAUAUAUCUAAAUUCAUCCUUUCAAAACAAACGCCUCUCUUUCCAAGCUAUAUGUGAAAAUUUACACCCAAUUAAGCAACUAGCUCAACUUGUACACUUGGGAGUGCCUUUAAUCCAUGUAGCUUACUUAAAUAAAUCACAACUUAAGUUGCUCCCUGUUGCUAUUCAGAGUUGCCAGGUCAUUAUGAAUGGUUAUAAACCAAUUACAGCAUACCUUUCCCACAAAGCUGCUCCAGGGGACACGGGAAAGCGCACAUUGUGCUAAAUCGGAAACAAACAGCAGGAAAAGGGGCUGUGGAAGGGGAUGUGAGUGGCCACAGAAUCAAAACCCUUUGCACAUCCCAACAUCAAAGAAGCCCCAGCAUCAAGAAUCCUGUAUCCAUGAUACCACUGUAGUGUCUAACAAGUAUCUGCUAUCCAGCUACUACAGCAAAAGUAUUUACAUGCAGUUACAGACCAAGGAGUCUCAAGACCCUUCAGAAUGUACAACAGCCACUGUUAUUUAUAAAUCCUUGAACUAGACACUUUUGACACAAGAUUACAACCCCUCUUUAUUUCACAUGGAUAGCAGCCAUUCACACCAGUUCCUUUAGUUUUGCUGAAGCUCACAUCCCUUCCCCACAAGAGAAACUGUUUACCAGAAGGGAGGGGGAAAAAAGAAAAGC